GCCCGCGGCGAAGGAGGUGGGCCGCGCGCGCCGGUGGGAAGCGUCCGGCUGCCUCAGCGCCGACUUCGUCGUAGUCGCUGCCUCCCGGGUCCCUCUCGCCCCUCCUCCCCGCUCCCCCCGCCCGCCGCCGCCCGGGCGCAUGCGCUGCCGGAGCGCGAGGGUCGGCUUCGGGUGUGUGGUGGCGGCAGAGCGGAGCUGCGAGGCCCGAGAGUCAGAACCUGGGGGAGAGGGAUGGUCUCUGCACGGGGGGGAGCCGGAGGAGCCGCCGCCGCUGCCGACGCCACCGCCGCAGCCGCCGCCGCCGCCGCCUCGGCGUCCGCCUCCCGACGCUGACGGGCUCGUACGAAGCCGGCGAGGGGGAACCCGCACCAGCGGUCGCCGGCACACCGCCCAGCAUGGUCCGGGAAACCAGGCACCUCUGGGUGGGCAACUUACCAGAGAAUGUGCGGGAAGAGAAGAUCAUCGAGCAUUUCAAACGAUAUGGCCGCGUGGAAAGUGUCAAAAUUCUCCCUAAAAGGGGAUCUGAAGGAGGAGUGGCUGCCUUUGUGGAUUUUGUGGACAUCAAAAGUGCACAGAAGGCUCAUAACUCAGUCAACAAAAUGGGAGAUAGAGACCUACGCACGGAUUAUAAUGAACCAGGCACCAUUCCGAGUGCUGCUCGGGGAUUGGAUGAUACAGUUUCCAUAGCAUCUCGUAGUAGAGAGGUUUCUGGGUUCAGAGGAGGUGGUGGAGGACCUACUUAUGGCCCCCCACCAUCACUUCAUGCACGAGAAGGACGUUAUGAGCGGAGACUUGAUGGGGCUUCAGAUAACAGGGAGCGUGCUUAUGAACAUAGUGCCUAUGGACACCAUGAACGGGGGACGGGAGGAUUUGAUCGGACAAGACAUUACGAUCAGGAUUACUAUAGAGAUCCUCGAGAGCGGACCUUACAACAUGGGCUCUAUUACACUUCUCGGAGUCGAAGUCCAAACCGUUUUGAUGCUCAUGACCCCCGAUAUGAACCUAGGGCUCGGGAGCAAUUUACACUGCCCAGUGUGGUACACAGGGAUAUCUACAGGGAUGAUAUUACCCGGGAGGUACGAGGCAGAAGGCCAGAGCGGAAUUACCAGCACAGCAGGAGUCGGUCACCACAUUCAUCCCAGUCUAGAAAUCAGUCUCCUCAGAGGCUGGCUAGCCAAGCAUCUAGACCCACACGGUCCCCUAGCGGCAGCGGCUCUAGGAGUAGAUCCUCCAGUAGUGAUUCAAUCAGCAGCAGCAGUAGUACCAGCAGUGACAGCAGUGAUUCCAGCAGUAGUUCAAGUGAUGACUCUCCAGCUCGAUCUGUUCAAUCUGCAGCAGUUCCUGCACCCACUUCUCAGUUACUUUCAUCUCUGGAAAAAGAUGAGCCUCGUAAAAGUUUUGGGAUCAAGGUUCAAAAUCUUCCAGUACGCUCCACAGAUACAAGCCUUAAAGAUGGCCUUUUCCAUGAAUUUAAGAAAUUUGGAAAAGUGACUUCAGUGCAGAUACAUGGAACUUCAGAAGAGAGAUAUGGUCUUGUAUUCUUUCGUCAGCAAGAGGACCAAGAAAAAGCAUUGACUGCAUCAAAAGGAAAACUUUUCUUUGGUAUGCAGAUUGAAGUAACUGCAUGGAUAGGGCCAGAGACAGAAAGUGAAAAUGAAUUUCGCCCUUUGGAUGAAAGGAUAGAUGAAUUUCACCCCAAAGCAACAAGAACACUCUUCAUUGGUAACCUGGAAAAAACCACUACUUAUCAUGACCUUCGCAACAUCUUCCAGCGCUUUGGAGAAAUUGUGGAUAUUGAUAUUAAGAAAGUAAAUGGGGUUCCUCAGUAUGCGUUCUUGCAAUACUGUGAUAUUGCCAGCGUUUGUAAGGCUAUUAAGAAGAUGGAUGGGGAAUAUCUUGGAAAUAAUCGCCUAAAGUUGGGUUUUGGAAAGAGCAUGCCUACAAACUGUGUGUGGUUAGAUGGGCUUUCUUCAAACGUGUCGGAUCAGUAUUUAACACGGCAUUUCUGCCGAUAUGGACCUGUGGUAAAGGUGGUGUUUGAUCGCAUAAAAGGCAUGGCCCUGGUUCUCUACAAUGAAAUUGAAUAUGCACAAGCAGCUGUGAAAGAGACCAAGGGGAGAAAAAUUGGUGGGAAUAAAAUUAAGGUUGAUUUUGCAAAUCGUGAAAGUCAGUUGGCAUUUUAUCACUGUAUGGAAAAAUCUGGUCAAGAUAUCAGAGACUUUUAUGAAAUGUUAGCAGAAAGAAGAGAGGAACGAAGGGGAUCUUAUGACUAUAGCCAAGAUCGUACCUAUUAUGAAAAUGUUCGUACUCCAGGCACAUAUCCUGAGGAUUCCAGGAGGGACUAUCCAGCUCGAGGGAGAGAAUUCUAUUCAGAAUGGGAAACAUACCAAGGAGACUACUAUGAAUCACGGUAUUAUGAGGAUCCUCGGGAAUACAGGGAUUAUAGGAAUGACCCUUAUGAACAAGAUAUUCGAGAAUACAGUUAUAGGCAAAGAGAACGAGAAAGAGAACGUGAAAGAUUCGACUCUGAUCGUGACAGAGACCACGAGAGGAGGCCAAUUGAACGAAGUCAGAGUCCGGUGCACUUGCGGCGCCCACAGAGUCCUGGAGCAUCGCCUUCACAAUCUGAUAGAUUGCCUAGUGAUUCUGAGAGGAGGCUUUAUAGCCGAUCCUCAGACAGAAGUGGCAGCUGUAGCUCACUUUCCCCUCCAAGAUAUGAUAAAAUUGACAAGUCUCGAUUGGAACGUUAUACAAAAAAUGAAAAAUCAGAUAAAGAGCGAACUUUUGAUCCUGAGAGAGUAGAAAGAGAGAGACGCUUAAUUAGGAAGGAAAAGGUGGAAAAGGACAAAAUUGAUAAGCAGAAACGAAAAGGAAAAGUUCUUUCCCCUAGUUCUCAAUCUUCAGAGACAGACCAAGAAAAUGAGAGGGAGCAGAGUCCUGAAAAAUCACGGAGUUUUAAUAAACUGAGCAGAGAGAAAGCUGAUAAAGAAGGAAUUGCAAAAAACCGCCUAGAACUCAUGCCUUGUGUGGUGUUGACUCGUGUAAAAGAAAAAGAGGGAAAGGUUAUUGAUCAUACUUCUUUGGAAAAAUUGAAAACUAAGCUUGAUAAUGACUCUGUUAAGUCGUCCCUAGAUCAGAAACUUCAGAUCUCUCAAACAGAGCCUGCAAAAUCUGAUUUGUCUAAAUUGGAAUCUGUUAGAACAAAAGUUCCAAAGGAAAAAGGACUUUCAAGCCACAUAGAAGUGGUAGAUAAAGAAGGUAGGAUGAAACCCAGGAAGCACCUAAAACCAGAACAGACUACUGAUGGAGUGAGUGCUCUGGAUCUAGAGAAGCUGGAAGCAAGAAAAAGGCGUUUUGCAGAUUCUAAUAUGAAAACAGAAAGGCAAAAACCAGAGGUCAAGAAAAGUAGUCCAGAGGUAGAGGACACUCGGGUACUUUUAAAAAAGCAAACUGACAUACCCUCUAGAGAAGUCAUUUUGCUGAGAGAAGGAGAGUCUGAAAGAAAGCCUAUGAGGAAAGAAAUUCUGAAAAGAGAAUCUAAAAAAGUCAAACUAGACAGACUUAAUGCUGUUCCCAGUCCUAAAGACUGUCAAGAGCUUUCCAGUAUUUCUGUUGGGACUGCUUCAAGGCCCAGCUCAGAUCUUCAAGCAAGAUUGGGGGAACCAGUGAGUGAAUCUGUGGAAAAUCAAGAAACCCAGUCAAAAAAAUCUACUUCCUCAAAACCACAGCUCAAACAGCUGCAGCUAUUAGAUGAUCAAGGACCAGAGAGAGAGGAUAUUAGGAAAAACUAUUGCAGCCUCCGUGAUGAAACACUUGAAUGUAAAUCAGGACAAGAGAAACCACAUUCAGUAAACGCUGAAGAAAAAAUUGGCAUUGAUAUUGAUCACACACAGAGUUACCGAAAACAAAUGGAGCAGAGUCGUAGAAAACAGCAGAUGGAGAUGGAAAUAGCCAAGUCUGAGAAGUUCGGCAGUCCUAAAAAAGAUGUAGAUGAAUAUGAAAGACGAAGUCUGGUUCAUGAAGUAGGCAAACCACCUCAAGAUGUCACCGACGAUUCUCCUCCCAGCAAAAAGAAAAGGCUGGACCAUGUUGAUUUUGAAAUCUGUACAAAGAGAGAGAGGAAUUACAGAAGUUCACGCCAAAUUAGUGAAGAUUCCGAAAGGACUAGUUGUUCUCCCAGUAUUCGACAUGGCUCCUUCCAUGAAGAUGAUGAUCCUAUAGGCUCCCCUCGGCUACUGUCAGUAAAAGGGUCUCCUAAAGUAGAUGAGAAAGGCCUCCCAUAUUCUAAUAUAACAGUCAGAGAAGAGUCCUUAAAAUUUAAUCCUUAUGAUUCUAGCAGGAGAGAACAGAUGGCAGACAUGACCAAAAUUAAGUUAUCUGUCUUGAAUUCUGAAGAUGAACUAAGUCGAUGGGACUCUCAGAUGAAACAAGAUGCCAGCAGAUUUGAUGUGAGUUUUCCAAACAGCAUAAUUAAGAGAGACAGUCUUCGAAAGAGGUCUGUUCGUGACUUAGAACCUGGUGAGGUGCCUUCUGAUUCUGAUGAAGAUGGUGAACACAAAUCCCACUCGCCCAGAGCCUCAGUAUUAUAUGAAAAUUCUCGAUUAUCUUUUUUAUUGAGGGACAGAGAAGAUAAACUACGUGAGCGGGAGGAAAGACUCUCUAGUUCUUUAGAAAGGAACAAAUUUUACUCUUUUGCAUUGGAUAAGACAAUCACACCGGACACUAAAGCUCUGCUUGAAAGAGCUAAAUCCCUCUCUUCAUCUCGAGAAGAAAAUUGGUCUUUUCUUGAUUGGGACUCCCGAUUUGCUAAUUUUCGAAGCAACAAAGAUAAAGAAAAAGUUGAUUCUGCACCACGACCCAUUCCAUCCUGGUACAUGAAAAAAAAGAAAAUUCGAACUGAUUCAGAAGGAAAAAUUGAUGAUAAAAAAGAUGAUCAUAAAGAAGAAGAACAAGAAAGGCAAGAAUUAUUUGCAUCUCGUUUUUUACACAGCUCAAUCUUUGAACAAGAUUCCAAGAGAUUACAACAUCUAGAAAGAAAAGAUGAAGAUUCUGACUUUGUUUCUGGUAGGUUAUAUGGGAGGCAAACAUCAGAUGGAGCAAACAGCACAACUGAUUUGAUUCAAGAGCCAGUAGUUCUGUUCCAUAGCAGGUUUAUGGAACUCACACGAAUGCAACAGAAAGAGAAAGAAAAAGACCAAAAGCCUAAAGAAGCUGAGAAACAGGAAGAUACAGAGAGUCAUCCUAAGACCCUAGAAUCUGCUUCUGAGAAUAAAAAUGCAGAAUUGAAAACUCCAUCUUCGAUUGGGCCUCCUGCGGUCACAGUUGUAAUACCAGAGUCAUCAUCAGCACAGGAGAAGAUAACAGUUGGUGACAAAGCAGGAGAGGUUGAUACAGUCUCAGAAGAGAAGACUGUGGAGCCAGCCUCUACCUCAGAAGAAGCAAAAUCUGUUUCUGAACAUACUCCCAUUGCUGUGCAACCACCUGAACAAUUAGACUUUGCCCCAGAAGUGGUCACCAGUAAAGAUGAUGCUGAGACUCCUUUAGUUGUUGAAGAAAAGUCAUCAGUUGACCAGCUGCCUUUUCUAGAUACUAAGCCUCCAACUCCUGGGUCCUCAUUUUCCCAAGUAGAGGUCAGUGUAGAUCCAGAGCCUGAAAGUACUCAGCCACUUUCAAAAUCCACUCAGAAGGCUGAGGAAGCUGAUGAGCCCAAAGUAGAGAAGCCAGAUCUGGCUGCUAAUGUUGAGCCAAAUGCAAAUCAGAAAGCUGAAGUGAUUCCUGAGGCUCCCCCUCAAGCUUCUGAAGAUGUAGAGGUUGAUCCUCCAGUUGUUGCAAAAGAUAGAAAAACAAACAAAAGUAAACGUUCCAAGACCCCCAUUCAGGCAGCAGCAGCAAGUGUCAUAGAGAAGCCCGUCACAAGAAAGAGUGAGAGGAUAGAUAGGGAAAAGCUCAAGCGAUCCAGUUCUCCUCGGGGAGAAGCACAGAAGCUUUUAGAAUUAAAGAUGGAGGCAGAGAAGAUUACAAGGGCUACCUCUAAAAACUCAGCCACAGACUCUGAACACCCUGAGCCGAGCUUGCCCCUUAGCCGAACAAGGCGCCGGAAUGUAAGGAGUGUCUAUGCAACCAUGGGUGACCAUGAAAGCCGCUCCCCUGUCAAGGAACCUGUUGAGCAACCUAGGAUAACCAGAAAGAGACUGGAGCGAGAGCUCCAAGAGGCAGCAGCAGCAGUUCCUACAACCCCUAGGCGGGGACGACCUCCAAAAACACGCCGGAGAGCUGAUGAGGAGGACGAAACUGAAGCAAAAGAAGCAGUAGAAACACUUAAGUCAACUGAGGGAUGGAGAUCCCCAAGAUCCCAAAAGUCAGCUACUGGUGGCCCACAAGGGAAAAAGGGGAGAAACGAACCAAAAGUUGAUGCUGAGGCUGCUACUGAAGGGAUUUCCCAAAUAAAUGUGAAAGAAAAUAACACAAAAUCUAAGACUGAUAAAGAGGAAGCAGGAAGUGAACAGAAACGUGACAGAAAAGAAGUUAGCACUGACAGAAAUGCACCUGAGACUCCCCCAGUUGAAGUGGUGGAGAAAAAAACAGGCCCUGAGAAAAACUCUAAAUCAAAAAGAGGGAGAUCUCGAAACUCCAGGUCAGCAGUGGAUAAGUCUGCACAUCUGAAAAACGUGGACACUAAUGUCAACCCCAGUGUUACUGAAAGUCCUGUGGAGCUACCAGUGGAAAAGGAAGCUGGGGUUGUGGCAGUCUCACCCGAGAAGAGCGAGAGUCCCCAAAAGGAGAGUAGUUUGUCAUCCCAGUUGAACAGUGAUCUGGUUGAUCCAGACAAAAAAACAGAGAAGGAAGAUGGGUCUGCCUGUAAACCAUCCCGAGAAGAAAAUCAGUUAGCCAAGCAAAUGGAGCUGGAACAGGCUGUAGAGAACAUCGAAAAACUCACGGAAACCUCAGCGGCUUUUAAGGCUUCAUCUGCAGAUGCACCAGAGGGCCUUGCCACUGGGGAUGGCGACAAACCUGCACACCAAGCAAGUGAAACAGAACUGGCCGCAGCCAUUGGCUCAAUCAUCAAUGACAUUUCUGGGGAGCCAGAAAACUUCCCAGCACCUCCACCUUUCUCUGCAGAGUCUCAGAGAGACAUCCAACCCCAUUCUCAAGUGCUACAGUCUUCUGAAGAAGGAAUGGAGCCCGAGAUGGAUGUGGCUGUGUCUGGCAUCUUAGAGACCGAGGCUGCUACAGAAUCUUCUGGGCCAUCAGUCAGCGCUUCUGACCCCUCAGGAACAGGGCCAGCAGACACCAAGGAAGCUAAAGGAAACAGCAGUGAAACCUCCCACUCAGUGCCAGAAGCCAAAGGAUUAAAAGAAGAAGUUGUUCUUGCUCGUAAAGAAAAAGGGCGCCAGAAAACUCGAGCACGCCGCAAACGGAAUACAAAUAAGAAAGCUGGAGUUACUGCAGAUAUCCGAGCCUCGGAACCUGACCAAGUUCAAAGCAGGAGUUCUGCAACAAAUGAGGAAACGACACACCCUCUAGAAACUCCACAGGAAGAAAAGCAGAGUGAAAAACCUCAGCCCAUUCCUCCUGAGCCGCGUGCUACUGACCCAAACAAGACCCCAACCACAGAGGAUUUACCUGAAGAAAGCAAUGUUGUUGAAGAAAAGACUCCAGCCAAAUUGUCCAUGCCCCCAGACCUUCCCCCUCCAUCACAACCAGCACCACUGGAUGAGGAGCCACAAGCCAGAUUCAAGGUACAUUCCAUCAUUGAAAGUGAUCCAGUGACCCCACCCAGUGAUUCAAGCGUACCAACACCCAUAAUUCCUUCAGUAACUGCAGCAAAGCUCCCACCCACUCCCACUGCUGGAGGACUCCCACACCAGAGUCCUCCUACUAAGGUGACAGAGUGGAUCACUAGGCAGGAGGAGCCUCGGUCACAGUCCACAUCAUCUCCAGCUCUGCCCCCGGAUACAAAAGCCUCUGACAUUGACACCAGCUCUAGUACCCUGAGGAAGAUCCUCAUGGACCCCAAAUAUGUAUCAGCCACAGGAAUCACUUCCACAAGUGUCACAACUGCAAUUGCAGAGCCUGUUAGUGCAGCUCCUUGUCUGCAUGAGGUACCGUCUCCCUCGGUUGAAAAUAAAAAGCCUCUUUUAGAAGAAAAACCUGCAGCCCCAGUAACAAGUAUCUCUGACACACUGACCUCAGAGGUUCCAGUAGCUGCAGACAAAGAAAAGGUGGCUCCUGUCAUUGCUCCCAAAAUUACUUCUGUUAUCAGCCGGAUGCCUGUUAGCAUUGAUCUGGAGAAUUCACAGAAGAUAACUCUAGCAAAACCACCUCCUCAAACUCUGACAGGCCUAGUGAGUGCCCUGACCGGCCUGGUGAAUGUUUCCUUGGUCCCUGUGAAUGCGUUGACUGGCCCAGUGAACACCCUCAAGGGCCCUGUGAAGGGCUCAGUGACCACACUUAAAGGUUUGGUGAAUACUCCCACUGGCCCUGUUAAUGUUCUGAAGGGGCCAGUGAAUGUUCUAGCCACACCAGUGAAUGCAGUGAACGUUCUCACGGGCACCGUGAAUGCCACUUCAGGCGUGGUGAGUGCUGCUGCAGGUGUGGUGAAUGCUGCCACAGGCACAGUCACCGUCACAACAGGUGCCGUGACCGCUGCAUCUGGUGGAGUGACAGCCACAACUGGUACAGUGACUGUGGCAGGGGCAGUGAUUACACCAUCGUCAAAGUGCAAACCAAGGUCAGGCACCAAUGAAAACAGUAGGUUCCAUCCAGGGUCUAUGUCUGUGAUUGAUGACCGGCCAGCAGACACAGGCUCAGGUACAGGGCUGCGUGUGAACACUUCAGAAGGUGUCGUACUUCUGAGCUAUUCUGGGCAGAAGACAGAAGGGCCACAGCGGAUCAGUGCCAAGAUUAGCCAGAUUCCCCCAGCAAGUGCAAUGGACAUUGAAUUUCAGCAAUCAGUGUCCAAGUCCCAGGUCAAACCUGAUUCUGUCACACCAUCACAGCCUCCACCCAAAGGCCCUCAAACUCCUUCAGGCUAUGCAAACGUGGCCACUCAUUCUACUCUGGUACUGACUGCCCAGACGUACAAUGCAUCUCCCGUGAUUUCAUCUGUUAAAGCUGAUCGUCCAGCGUUGGAGAAGCCUGAGCCCAUUCACUUGUCUGUGUCCACACCUGUCACCCAGGGUGGAACGGUGAAGGUACUCACCCAGGGGAUAAAUACACCUCCGGUGCUGGUUCACAACCAACUGGUCCUCACCCCAAGCAUUGUCACCACUAACAAAAAACUUGCUGAUCCCGUCACUUUAAAAAUAGAGACCAAGGUCCUUCAGCCAGCUAACCUAGGGUCUGCUCUCACUUCCCACCACCCUCCCGCUCUGCCUAGCAAACUGCCUUCAGAAGUGAACCAUGUCACCUCGGGACCCAGUACCCCAACAGACAGAACUGUCUCCCAUUUGGCAGCCACAAAGCCAGAUGCACAUCCUCCUCGACCCAGCGGGCCUACUCCAUCCCCAUUCCCAAGGGCAUGUCACCCCAGCAGUACCACUUCCCCAGCUCUUUCCACUAAUGCCACAGUUAUGCUGGCUGCAGGCAUUCCCAUGCCUCAGUUCAUCUCGAGUAUACACCCAGAGCAGUCUGUCAUCAUGCCCCCCCACAGUAUCACCCAGACAGUAUCCCUUAGUCACUUGUCCCAGGGUGAGGUGAGAAUGAAUACACCCACACUGCCCAGCAUCACCUAUAGCAUCCGACCAGAGACACUUCACUCUCCCAGGGCCCCUCUGCAGCCCCAGCAAAUAGAGGUCAGGGCCCCACAGCGAGCUGGCACACCUCAGCCCACCACAGCUAGUGUCCCGGCUCUGGCCUCCCAGCACCCCCCAGAGGAAGAAGUCCAUUACCACCUGCCAGUUGCUCGGGCUGCAGCCCCUGUGCAGUCAGAGGUGCUGGUCAUGCAGUCCGAGUACCGACUACACCCAUACACUGUGCCCCGGGAUGUGCGGAUCAUGGUGCAUCCCCAUGUGACAGCAGUCAGUGAGCAGCCUCGAACCACAGACGGAGUAGUGAAGGUGCCACCCGCCAGCAAGGCACCCCAGCAGCCAGUGAAGGAAGUGGCCAAGGUGGCAGAUUCCAAAGCAGCCCCUGCUCCUAACCCUCAUGGUGAAGCUCGCAUCCUCACAGUUACCCCCAGCAACCAGCUGCAGGGGCUGCCUCUGACACCGCCCGUGGUUGUGACUCAUGGGGUACAGAUUGUGCACUCCAGUGGGGAGCUGUUUCAAGAGUACAGAUACGGGGACAUCCGUACCUACCAUGGCCCUGCUCAGCUCACGCACACCCAGUUUCCAGCUGCUGCCUCCAUUGGCCUACCAUCCCGGACCAAGGCUCCUGCUCAGGGCCCCCCUCCUGAAGGUGAAGCCUUGCAGCCCACUCAGCCUACACAGUCUACACAGCCUCCCCCGCCCGUGCAGCCCCCUCAGCCUGCCCAGCCCACACAGUCCUGCCAGCCCUCCCCGCUCAGCCAGCCAGGCCAGCCACCAAGCAGCAAGAUGCCUCAGGUCUCCCAGGAGGCGAAGGGGACCCAGACAGUAGUAGAGCAGCCCCGUCUCCCAACUGUACCUACAAAUAGGCCAGUUGAACCUCAUGCCCAGGUUCAGAGGACUCAAGCAGAAACAAACCAGACCUCCUAUCCUUCCCCGGUGUCUGUCUCCUUGAAAUCUGAUCUCCCAGCUCCUCUUCCUGCUCAGGCUGCCCCAAAGCAGCCCUUGUUUGUCCCCACAACUUCAGGCCCCAGCACCCCUCCUGGACUUGCUCUGCCGCACAUUGAUGCCCAGCCCACCCCCAAACAAGAUUCCUCUCCACACUUGACUUCCCAAAGGCCUGUGGAUAUGGUCCAGCUUCUGAAGAAGUACCCCAUUGUGUGGCAGGGCCUGUUGGCUCUCAAGAACGACACAGCUGCUGUGCAGCUCCACUUUGUCUCUGGCAACAAUGUUCUCGCCCAUCGAUCCCUGCCCCUCUCUGAAGGAGGCCCUCCACUGAGGAUUGCCCAGAGGAUGCGACUGGAAGCUUCCCAGCUGGAAGGAGUUGCCCGAAGGAUGACGGUGGAAACAGAUUAUUGUCUGCUGCUGGCUCUUCCCUGUGGCCGUGACCAAGAGGAUGUGGUGAGCCAGACUGAGUCCCUCAAGGCUGCUUUCAUCACUUAUCUGCAGGCCAAGCAGGCAGCAGGGAUCAUCAAUGUUCCCAACCCUGGCUCCAAUCAGCCUGCCUAUGUGCUGCAGAUCUUCCCACCCUGCGAGUUUUCGGAGAGUCACCUGUCCCGACUGGCCCCUGACCUUCUAGCCAGCAUUUCCAACAUUUCUCCCCACCUCAUGAUUGUCAUUGCCUCUGUGUGAACCACCGAAUGGUCAUCACUCGGUGUGUUUUCCUGGGGCUCUGCAGCAAAAAAUAAACACAGGACAACUCAGCCACGUGGAGGAAGAAGCUGCCGAAGGGGAUAGACUCCACUGCCAGACGGCCAGCCUCGCCCUCCUGCCCACCUGCCCGCACAGUCGGACAGACCCCUGUGGGCAGUGGUGCUGCUACUCGUAUGUUUACAUGACAUUUAGCCCAAGGACAGACCACCCACCGAUGGACUCGCAGACACCUUGGGGCUGGGUUUCUCUCUCCUUUUUGGAGGAAAGGAACAGGGCAGUGGAAUUAAUUUUUGUUUUUGUUUUUAAGAAACAAAACAGAACUGCCUUUGCACUAAAUUAGUGACUUGGACUUUUGCACAGUGAAGACAGGCUGCGACACUCUGGAUGUCUUGGUGUGAACACACAUCACAGACUCUAACCAGGACUUUGAACUUCUGCUGAAACCUUGGGGUCAAGGAACAUUUCAUCGGAUUGUUUUGUCCCCACCCCAUCCUUCCCCUUGCUCAUUUGGAUGUGUCACCUUUCUUAAUUCUCUUGCCGCUACCAUCUUUGAUUCACCUGGGAUGUACAGUUUACAAUCAGAAAAGAGCAAACAAGGAUUUUCUUUCUUGGUGGGGAUAUGCAGAACUUGGGAUGUGUGUAUAUAUAAAUAUAUAAUAUAUAUAAAUAUAUAUAAUACUGACUUAAAUCAAAUUCCCCUGACAUACAUUUUUUUUAAUCUGUGCCAAAAAUGUGUUUUCAGAGAAAAUCUUAUUUUCAUACUCA